CUGAAUUGUUCGAUUGGUAGCAUACAACAGAUCAGAAUGCAGCUACUUAUGAUCCAGAUUCAGGUUUUGGUCACGAUUGGAACAAGCCUACAUUUUGCUGGUUGUGCUACCUUUAACAGCGAUAUCUGUGCUUGUAAAGACGAUUUCUGGAUUGGGACUGAAUGUCCUAAUAGAACAUGUGACAGAAAUACGUCAUAUGUACAAUGCUAUUGUCUCAUGAUGCAACCACUGAACGGCGGGAUUAUUGAUACUGAUGUUGAUAAAGUAAACGUUACUUGUGAAAGAAAAAGUUCUAAAUUACUUGAAGAAAAUAAUCAGACAUGUCUAAACAGUGAAAAUUGGAGUAAUCCAGUUCGUCUCUGCGUUCCAAAAGGUUGUGAGCUCUUUUUUUCGCAUCUCCAUGUAGAUGUUAUCAACAUUAUUAGAGUGCCUUAUGAGUGUAAAAAAACAAAGAAAAAUAUCAAACAGGGAAUGCCAAGCACCAAAAGCGCAGCCUCCUCAAAACGAACCCCCAAGAAGCUAUAUCACCUACCAGGACCUAAAUAUCAAAAGUGCUUGCAUACGGACGACGUUGCUUGUCCGCAAACUACUGACAGUGAAGGACAUGUUUGGAUUAAAUCUUCACCAGGGGAACAUAUUAUUGCAUGUCCUACUGGAUUUUCAGGUAACUUGGGGCGUAUUUGUUCAAGUAAGGAUUCCGUAAAAUGACAAAGGUUAUCGUCUGAAAUGUUUCAUUUUAACGUCGCUCCAACAAAAUUAUAAGUCAUACCAGCUUCUUUGAUGGUGGGGGAAGACCCCACGUGCCCCUCCGUGCAUUAUCACGAGCGGGCACCUGGGUAGAACCUUCGGUCUUCCGUACGCCAGCUGGAUGGCUGUCUCACAUGAAAAAUUCAACGCCCCGAUUGAGGAUCGAACCCACAUCGAUGAGGGGUAAGUGAUUUGAAGCCAGCGACCUUAACCACUCGGACACGUUGGUCCCGAAAUGUUUCAAUAGUCGCAUACAUUGUCGACACUGCACUUAUGUGGCAUCUUAAUCACUAUAUUUGGAUGACGG